CUCUAGCGCACUCUAUAAAGUUGAAAAGUCUUCAGUUCCAUAAACAUACUUUCUCCAUAAACAUUUCUUCCUAUGUCAAUUACCCUUUGCUUUUCCCUUCCUAAGGAGAAUCUCACUUAGCUUCCUCUUUACUCAAGAUGCAUUGAUACUACAUGCUCAUACAACUUUGUUAAAUUAAGUUUUUGGAGCAUCUAUAUCUCUAGUACUCUAUAAAGUUGAGAAGUCUUCAAUUCCAAAAACAUACUUUCUCCAUACUUAUUUCUUCCUUAAUUAGUUGCCCUUCUCUUUUUCUUCCUCUUUACUCAAGAUUCAUUGAUACCAUUCCAAUAUAGCUAGCUUUUAUUAUGAUCACAUUUUAGCUAGCUAGCACCUUUUAUUUGCUACUAUAUUAUUUGCUCUAUGGGGUCUGGCAUUUCUGGCUUGGUGGAUCAUGAGAAGUUAACAAGUAAUAAUGGUCCUUUCGAGACUGGCCUUGGAGACUUGCCAGAAAGCUGCAUAGCUUUGGUCCUUACUCAUUUGGACCCUACUGAGAUCUGUAAAAUUGGUCGUGUGAAUAGGACAUUCCGUCAAGCUUCAUUAACAGACCUUGUGUGGGAACUUAAGUUGCCUGAAAAUUAUCAAAUUCUUGUCAAAAAAUACCACUUGGACAAAAAUCUAUGGUCAAACUCCAGCGAGGAGUCACGUAGAUUAACCAAGAAAGAGCUAUAUGCCAGAUUGUGUCGUCCACAUCACUUUGGGAGUAGCAAUAACAAGGUGUUUUGGAUGGAAAAGGAUAGAGGGAUUUGUGUGUGUGUAUCGUGGAAGGAAAUGAAGAUAACAGGCAUAGAAGACCGCAGAUAUUGGAGCCAUAUCUCAUCUGAUGAAUCAAGAUUCAGCACAAUUGCAUUUCUCAAACAAAUAUGGUGGGUAGAAGUGGAAGGCGACCUAGAAUUCGAAUUCCCAGCAGGGAAUUACAGCCUAUUCUUUCGACUUCAGCUAGGGAAAACGUCGCGAAGACUAGGACGACGAAUCUGCACCGUUGAUCAAGUCCACGGCUGGAAUAUCAAACCCGUCCAAUUUCAACUAUCAACAUCAAACGGCCAGGAGGCUACGACAAAAUAUUACUUGAAUGAGCCAGGACAGUGGAUACAUUAUCAUGUAGGAGAUUUUGUGGUGGACAAGUACUCUAGCAUGCCAACAAAGUUAAAGUUCUCAAUGACUCAAAUUGAUUGCACUCAUACUAAAGGUGGUCUUUGCUUAGACUCUCUGCUUAUUCUACCUACUGAGAUUGGACCAAAGAAAAGUAGGUUAACUUCCUAAGCUGUAGGAAUAGAAUUUGAUGUAAGUAUGUGGAUCUUAGCAAUUAAUGAAAUGUACAUAUGAAACUGAGGGUUUAAUGUUUUAGUAGGGUGAAAGCUACGUAGGGUGACAACAAGGAUUCAGAUUUAAAUUUAAGACUUAAUUAAUUGGUUUGACUUCUAAAAUUUUUGAUAUUCAAA